CCGGUUUUUCCACGUCAAUCAAAAUGAAAUUUUAUUACGGGUUUCAAAUCGUUAUAUUAUCAUUAUUUUUUCUUUCGGCGGUACAAUCCUCACAUAAUAAUGAUGAUAUAAGGAGGAAAAGUUUUUUUUCAUCCAUUGUCGACAAAGUCGUACACAACACAUUGCAAACGCUUAAAACAACUUUGGAAAAAUUAGAAAUACCGGAUUUUAAAGAAAAAUUUAACGAUCCUUCGUUAAACGUUACUUUCAGCGGGGAAAACAUCAAGAUAAAAAAUGCAGAACAUUUUGAAAAUCCAUAUUUAUCCACAAGUCUUAUACCUUUGACUAUAAAUAAUUUCACAUUGACGUGGAAAAAUGUAACCGUUUCCGCCGAUUACGAUAUCGAUGGAGUCAUGGAUUUCGAUUUUCUACAAUCUAAAACAAACAUAUUCGGACGAGGAAAAGGAAGCGUGGAAUUAGAAGAUGUAUUUUUCACAAUAACCGCAGAAUUAUAUCUCAAAGGUGGCACAGUUCAAAUAUAUAAAAACGGUUUGAAAAAUUUCGACAUGUCUGUUGGAAAAUCAAAGGUAUCUUUAAGUAGUUUAAUGGGUAGCGAAGAUUUAGGAGGAGUUGCCGGAGCAUUUUUAUCCGAUGCACUUCCGAUGUUUGUGAGUCAAGUGAAAACAGCCAUUUUUACUUUGGUCGUUGGUGACGUCAUUGAUUUCUUAAACAAUAUGUUAUCCGGAUCGAGUUUCUUUUUCAGCAGUCUCGCAAAAUAUGAAGACAUGAGUCACUUGCAACGAAAUUAUCUCAACUAAUAACCUUUGACCCCCCUACCAUCCUCUUCCCAGUUCAAAAAAGAAAAAUCAUAGCGAAAAAAAAUCCUUCAUUUUAUUUCCACGGACUCCCCCCCCCCGGCCCGAUAAAAUUCGAAAACUCACUCAAAUUAAUAAUAAUAAUAACGAUGAUGAUGACGACGAUGAUGAUGAUGAUAAUAAUUAUUUAAU